CAAGAACCCACAGCCAUGUGUGUACACACACACACCCCCUAAAAAAAAGUUUAAAGUCUCUAUGACUGAAGCUCUGCAAUGAGGAUGGCUGGAGAGAUCCUCCCCUCCUGCCUAACCCCUCAUCUUGUGUCCCCCCUAGUCUGGACAGUGACAGCUACGCUACUCUGUACCGUGUCUUACUACAAUGGCCUAUACGGAGAACUGGUACAUGACGAUAUAUUCGCAAUCCGAGACAACUCUGACCUUCGACCUUCAACCUCUUGGACCCAGCUCUGGCGAGACGAUUUUUGGGGCGAGCCAAUGUCGAGUCCGACCAGUCACAAGUCGUAUCGUCCAAUCACAGUGCUGACGUUCCGUUUAAAUUAUAUACUGCACGAACUCGAGCCGUUUGGAUAUCAUGUGGUCAAUGUUGGGUUACAUAUCGUUGCUACGAUGUUGCUAGGGGCUGUGUGCCGGUGUGUGGUGUGGGGGUGUGUGGAGGGGGCGUAUCUGACCAUGUGUUUGUUUGCAGUUCACCCAGUACACACAGAAGCUGUGACUGGUAUUGUUGGCCGAGCUGAUGUCCUGGCCUGCAUCUUUUUCUUUCUUUGUCUCCUCCUCUACUGGAGCUACCUAACCACGCCUCCGUCCAAACCAGCGUGGGCUAGAGCUCUCAAAUUACUUGGUUGCCUAGUGACAGGAGCGGCUGCCAUGUUGAGUAAAGAGCAUGGCGUGACUGUGUUGGGGGUGUGUCUAGCGCUGGAUGUGGGUGUGGUCAAUAGGAAGCUACUCGUGGAGCUAUUAACAUCAAAACGAACCAUGUCUACAUCGUCUAAACUUCGACCUUUGACCGUUCGCUGUGCUAUACUCACGCUCACAAUCGGUGUGUUGUUAGUCGUGCGUAUAUGGCUUCUCAACGGACAGCUACCUGUGUUUGGUCGUCAAGACAACCCGGCCUCAUUUGCCGAUAGUGUCAUCACGAGAGCUUUGUCAUAUUCUCACCUCCUUUACUUCAAUGCCAAGUUGCUAUUAUAUCCUGCUGUGCUGUGCUAUGAUUAUCAAAUGGGGAGCAUUCCAUUGGUGGAAAGUUUGACGGAUCCUCGUAACAUCACCACGGUGAUCUUCUAUAUCGUUAUUGCCUGCCUCUUCAUCUCCAGUUGUUAUAGAAACGACCCGGUGACCUUACUAGGAUUGCUAUUGAUCGUCGUUCCGUUCUUACCUGCCUCCAAUCUAUUUAUACGGGUUGGAUUCGUGGUUGCUGAGAGAAUUCUCUACAUACCCAGCGCUGGUUAUUGCGUGCUGGUGGUCCACGGUGCCAUGGCAACCGUUCGUCGGUACCCAUCCCUCCGUCCAAUCACAUUGCUGCUUUUAACGAUGCUCCUGGGUGCUUUUAUCACACGUACCAUCACUAGGAACUCUGUCUGGGACAAUAGAGAGUCACUUUUCAGGUCAGGUCUCCAUACCAUUCCACACAACGCAAAGAUUCACUUCAACUAUGCCAAUUUUCUCAAAGACUCGGGACGAACGAGAGAAGCCAUAGAACACUACGAGACCGCCCUCCAAUUUUGGCCUGAGCACGCUGUGUCUCACAACAACCUUGGCACACUUCUUACACAUGUCACAGUAGCCGAGGCACACUUCAGGGCAGCCAUACAACACAGUCCUGGUCACUACAGGGCACUCUGCAACCUGGGGUCCAACUUACAUAAGCAAGGGCGUCUUGAAGAAGCUGAGACUUCAUUUCGUAGAAGCCUUUCAUUGAACGCCCACUACACUGACACACUGAUGGGAUUGGCCGGACUACUGGCAGAUAGUGGGCGUGGUCAAGAGGGGCGUGGAUACAUGGAGCAAGCUGCCGCUAUCGCCCCAGACAACGCUGAUGUGAUGAGCAACAUGGCUACAUAUCUGUGGAGAAUUGGUAGUGUUAAUGAAGCCAUAGAAUGGUUCCAGGGGGUGCUCCAGCUAAGCCCUGCCCACCACCCGGCAAUGGUCGGACUGGCGAGGGCAUACAGGAAACAAGGGAACAACAAGAAAGCAGAGAAUACAUUUAAAAGGUGGUCCUAAUGAGGUUGAGUUUACAGCCUUAUUGAGGGGGCAGCUGUCUAUUGGUGGGAAGUUCCCGCUAAAUUGGUGACACAUCCUCACACACUACACAGAGCCCUCACUUGUCACACACCCUCACACAGAGCCCUCUCUCUUCGUGUGGAUCCUGACACUCUUCACU